AGUGGUGUGAGCGCUGGGGCUGACUGUGGCCACAGUCCCGGCUGCCCUAUCUGGGACUUAGGCUUGCUCUGGGAGUAACUUUGAGAGAGAGGAGAACAGAGAGGAGGCCAGAGCCAGAACGGGCCAGACCAGUCAUCAGCCUCCUGCCUGCCUGCCAGCGAGACCCAGGGCGGCCCCGCCAGGCUUCUCCGCUCCUCCCAAAGGAUGCUUUUGGAGUGAGGAGGGGCCGGUCUGCUCUGGUCUGCUCCUGGCCCCUGAGCACCCUCUGCCAUUCUCUGGCUCUCCCAGGGCUUGCUGCAAUCAGUCCAGCCCUUCUACUUGCUGUCCGCUUUUGGGUCCAGCAAAAUAACAGGACAGAGAGGAGGACUUCCUGGAGGGGGUGAUAGUCAACAUCAGAAGCCUGGAUACUAUGGGGUUUCCAGGUGUGAUGCCAGCUUCAGUCCUCAAAGGCCACUUGUUGCUGUCCCUGCUGUUGCUGCUGGCACCACAGUCCUGCCAAGGCCUAGUCAUCAUGCCCCCUGGGCCAGAGUUCAUCCUCAACAUCUCCAGCACCUUUGUUGUGACCUGCUCGGGUUCGGCUCCAGUGAUAUGGGAACAGAUGUCCCAGAUAUCCUGGCAAGAAGCAUCCAUGAAUCAGGAUGGCACCUUCUCCAGUGUGCUGACACUGACUAAUGUAACAGGGGAAGACACUGGGGAAUACUUUUGUGCCUACAACAACUCCCUAGGGCCAGAGCUCAGUGAGCGGAAGCGUAUCUAUAUCUUCGUGCCAGACCCCACCAUGGGCUUCCUCCCUAUGGAUUCCGAGGACCUAUUCAUUUUUGUUACGGAUGUGACUGAGACGACAAUUCCAUGCCGGGUGACGGACCCCCAGCUGGAGGUGACACUGCAUGAGAAGAAAGUAGACAUCCCCCUCCACGUACCCUAUGACCACCAGCGUGGUUUCAUUGGCACUUUUGAGGACAAGACUUACAUCUGCAAAACCACCAUUGGGGACAGGGAAGUGGACUCCGAUACCUUCUAUAUCUACAGCCUCCAGGUGUCAUCCAUCAAUGUCUCCGUGAAUGCAGUACAGACUGUGGUCCGCCAGGGUGAGAGCAUCACCAUCCAGUGCAUUGUAAUGGGAAAUGAUGUGGUCAACUUCCAGUGGACAUACCCCCGAAUGAAGAGUGGGCGGCUGGUGGAGCCGGUGACAGACUACCUCUUUGGAGUGCACUCCCGAAUUGGCUCCAUCCUGCACAUCCCCACAGCUGAGCUGAGUGACUCGGGAACCUAUACUUGCAAUGUGUCAGUGAGCGUGAAUGACCAUGGAGAUGAAAAGGCCAUCAACAUCACUGUGAUCGAGAGUGGCUAUGUGAGACUGCUGGGAACACUGGGUGAUGUACAAAUUGCUGAGCUGCACCGGAGCCGGACAUUGCAGGUGGUAUUCGAGGCUUAUCCACCACCCACUGUCCUGUGGCUCAAGGACAACCGUACCUUGGGUGACUCCAGCGCCGGUGAGAUGGUUCUGUCUACCCGCAACGUGUCUGAGACCCGGUAUGUGUCAGAGCUGACUUUGGUACGUGUGAAGGUGGCAGAAGCUGGCUGCUACACUAUGCGGGCCUUCCAUGAGGAUGCAGAGGCCGAGCUCUCGUUCAAGCUGCAGGUCAAUGUCCCUGUCCGUGUGCUGGAGCUGAGUGAGAGCCACCCUGCCAAUGGGGAGCAGACAAUCCGCUGUCGUGGCCGGGGCAUGCCUCAGCCAAAUGUCACCUGGUCUACCUGCAGAGAUCUCAAAAGGUGUCCACGAAAGCUGUCACCCACACCCUUGGGAAACAGUUCCAAGGAGGAGAGCCAGCUGGAGACUAAUGUGACCUUCUGGGAGGAAGAACAGGAAUAUGAGGUGGUGAGCACGCUGCGCCUGCGCCACGUGGAUCAGCCACUGUCAGUACGCUGUAUGCUGCAGAACUCAAUGGGCAGAGAUUCACAGGAGGUCACCGUGGUACCACAUUCCCUACCCUUCAAAGUGGUGGUGAUCUCAGCCAUCCUGGCCUUGGUGGUCCUCACCGUUAUCUCUCUCAUCAUUCUCAUCAUGCUGUGGCAGAAGAAACCACGCUAUGAGAUCCGAUGGAAGGUGAUUGAGUCUGUGAGCUCUGAUGGUCAUGAAUACAUCUACGUGGACCCUGUGCAGUUGCCUUAUGACUCCACCUGGGAGCUGCCACGGGACCAACUUGUGCUCGGACGCACUCUAGGCUCUGGAGCCUUUGGACAGGUGGUAGAGGCGACGGCUCAUGGCCUGAGCCACUCACAGGCCACCAUGAAAGUGGCUGUCAAGAUGCUGAAAUCGACAGCCCGAAGCAGUGAAAAGCAAGCCCUCAUGUCAGAGCUGAAGAUCAUGAGCCACCUGGGGCCCCACCUAAACGUCGUCAACCUGCUGGGAGCCUGUACCAAAGGAGGACCCAUCUACCUUAUCACCGAAUACUGCCGCUAUGGUGACCUGGUGGACUACCUGCAUCGCAACAAGCACACCUUCUUGCAGCGCCACUCCAACAAGCCCCGCCCACCCAGUGCUGAGCUCUACAGCAAUGCCCUGCCAGUGGGGCUCCCCCUGCCCAGGUAUGAGGGAGGCAGCACCCACCACUUGUCCCUGACUGGGGAGAGUGAUGGUGGCUACAUGGACAUGAGCAAGGAUGAGUCUGUGGACUACGUGCCUAUGCUGGCCAUGAAAGGAGACAUCAAGUAUGCAGACAUUGAGUCCUCCAGCUACAUAGCCCCUUACGACAACUAUGUCCCAUCUGCCCCUGAAAGGACAUAUAGGGCCACCUUGAUCAAUGAGUCACCAGUGCUUAGCUACACAGACCUCGUGGGCUUCAGUUACCAGGUGGCCAACGGCAUGGAGUUCUUGGCCUCUAAGAACUGUGUUCAUCGGGACCUGGCGGCCAGGAAUGUGCUCAUCUGCGAGGGCAAGCUGGUCAAGAUCUGUGACUUUGGCCUGGCUCGGGACAUCAUGCGGGACUCAAACUACAUCUCCAAAGGCAGUACCUUCCUGCCUCUGAAGUGGAUGGCCCCAGAGAGCAUCUUCAACAGCCUCUACACCACCUUGAGUGACGUGUGGUCGUUCGGGAUCCUGCUGUGGGAGAUCUUCACACUGGGUGGCACCCCUUACCCAGAGCUGCCCAUGAAUGACCAGUUCUACAAUGCCAUCAAGAGGGGCUACCGCAUGGCCCAGCCUGCUCAUGCCUCUGAUGAGAUCUACGAGAUCAUGCAGAAAUGCUGGGAAGAGAAGUUUGAGACUCGACCACCCUUCUCCCAGCUGGUGCUGCUCCUGGAGAGGCUGCUGGGUGAAGGUUACAAAAAGAAGUACCAGCAAGUAGAUGAGGAGUUCCUGAGAAGUGACCACCCAGCCAUCCUGAGGUCUCAAGCCCGCUUGCCAGGGUUCCACAGCCUCCGAUCUCCCCUGGACACAAGCUCUGUCCUCUACACUGCUGUGCAACCCAAUGAGGGGGACAAUGACUACAUCAUCCCCUUGCCUGACCCCAAACCUGACGCCGCUGAUGAGGGCCUCCCAGAGGGUUCCCCCAGCCUUGCCAGCUCCACCUUGAACGAAGUCAACACCUCCUCGACCAUCUCCUGCGACAGCCCCCUGGAUCUCCAAGAAGAACCACAGGCAGAGCCUGAGGCAGAGCUGGAGCAGCCACAGGGGUCAGACUGCCAGGGACCUCUGGCAGAAACAGAGGACAGCUUCCUGUAGGGACUGGCCCUAUCCCACCGGGCCUGAAACUCCCAUUUGCCUCCCAGCACCCAACCCUCCUGGCCUGGCCUGGCUUGGCCUGGUCUCCCAGCUGCUGCACCUGCCACCAGCUGUCCCCUUGAAGAAGGCUCCUGGCGUGUGGCACUCAAGGCCCAGGGACCAAUUUAGCUUAGGAGGCGAGAGGACUGUGGGGACUGAGCCUCUGCUUCUGGAAAGCCAUGAGACUCUGAGCCAAUGCUCCUCCAGGGGACUCAAUUUCCCCAGAUAUAAGAGGAAGAGUUGGGCUUGGCUACUGGACAGGUAUGGAGCCUAGAUUCCUGGGUGCUGUGUUCACUUCCUCCUGUGUAGCCAGCUGCUCCUCAGCUGGAUCACUCCACUUUGAUCUUCCCAAGAACUGGGCAAGGACCUGGUGCCUGGCUCCCAGCCAAACAGAGGCCAGUCUUGGACAAGCUCAUUUCAUUAGAACCCACUUCCCCUGGUGCCAGUCUUAACUUUCCCAGGCCCGAGCUGGUCUGGGGCCAGCCAUGCUCCAAGAACACUGUUAGGGGAGAAAGCAGGGCUGAGGACAGGAUGCUCUGGCCUGCAGCCCUCAGGACACACCUGGCCACAAGAGGUACCUACGCCUUUCAUCUUCAUCACUCUCCAUUGACCUGCCCACCAGAGGCCCAUAGUCCAUGCCUUGAUAUGCUAAGUGCCUCCCUGAAGUGUGCAUCACUAGGAGCCCUGACUCUGCACUGGACCUGUUAUGAGACCUUGGAGGACUCCCUUGUUCUCUCUGGGUACCAGUUUUCUUUCCCCUUUGAAAAAUGAGCAAACUGGACUCAUUGAGUCUGUGUGCCCUGUCAAUACUACAAUGUUAGAGUGUUCCGGGGCUUGGACUUAACGCACACAGAGUGGGGUCAAGUCCCUAAGCCACAUUUCCGACUAGACUCUGGGAAGAUUCCAUAUACACACCACAUCUGGGGAUUCAGGAACUGAUCCUCUUCUUCAGGUCCCCAAGUGCAACUGCUCAGACCUUGACCUGGCAUAACAGUCAGUGUCCUAGGAAAACCCCCUACAGCUGUCUUGAGGACACAGAAGGACCACGAGACCCUUUUCAUAUCAUGAUAAAAUCUGGAGCCAGCAAGAGUGGCAAAGAAGGCAAGCCAGGUCACCUCAGGCCACAGUCACCAGGAGUGUGGACAUGACGGAAACAUGAUGGAGAGUGAAGGCACCUGUGUCCCGUGUAGGACAAGAAACUUGAGGUGGGCAUGAGCAUGAGGCAUAGAGCCAUGGGGAUCACCAUCUCGACUGGACACUGUCCCUGUCCUCAGGCAGCACCGCACAGGAAUGUUUUUGUCACUGCCCAAGUCUGGCAGUGGCUCUUCACCAACCAAUGAACAUUGGAGGAGACUGGGGAGUGAGAAGUGGACUGGAAUAAGGGAGAAGAAGCCAGCCCCCCGGGAACCCUGCCAUGCUGGCUUGCUGCCUGGCAGCCCCCUGCCUGGGGCAGCAGAGGUUGCUGGAGGAUGGGGAGAGCUGCACACAACGGUACCAAAGAUGUAAUCACCUAGGUUUACAAGUACUCAUAGGACUCACGAUAACCCUCUUAGACACCGGAAGUGCUAUUUUAUAUGCUGUUAAGUUUUCCUGUCUGUACGUUUUUUAAAGGGAAAAAUUAAUAUUAAACUUGGUGCUUCUCACUAAAAGGCGGACCC